GAAUCAGUGUCGGCACCAGAAGCAGAGUUUUUUGAUCUUCAGCCUCCAGCCCCAAAUACGAAUAACGUGAAGAUUGAAGAUGUGAUGAAGAGACUGAUGAGUGCGGAGCACCUUCACUUCAUUCUUGCGGACCAUACGUUGUUCUACCGUUUCUCGUCGUUUCUCAACAGGUACAGAUCACACCUUGUACCAACGUUGAUCCGAUAUCUGGAAAUGCGGAAAGCCAUGAAGGCAAUCGAAUACGCCAAUUCUAUUGUCAGGACGAUUCGCUGGCCAUCUCAUACAGACUUCUGUAAGUUUACUCGCGUUCAAGCUGCAUCGGCAGAUGUGCGCUUCGAGGAUUAUGCCGCGCGGGAAAUGCUGCUUCUCUGUACAGAAGCCCUUCCAGCUUUCAUCACACACACCUUGAUUGGUGUUGUUGCGGAUUGCGUAGGAAGGGACAUCACAGGCCAGGGAAUACCAGUAGUACAGGAUCUCAUUGGGAAUCUGGCAGAAGUUUUCUGUCUCACAGAUCCUUCCGUUCAUGACAACCCAAUUAUUUUUGCUUCGGAGGAAUUUCAUAGAACUACCCAAUACGGGACGAUGUAUGCGAUCGAUCGAAACUGCAGAUUCCUGCAAGGGCCCGAAACGGACAAGGAUACCACAUUGAGGAUCGCAAAGGCUAUUUCUUUGGGUCAGGAGUCCAACGAGAUUCUGCUUAAUUAUCGUCGAGAUGGAACUCCUUUUGCCAACUUGCUCAUGUGUGCGCCACUGUACGAUGACAAAGGCAUAGUGCGAUACUUCAUCGGCGCACAAGUCGAUGUGACUGGCUUGGUGAAAGAAGGCAUGGGUAUUGAAUCGUUUAGAGCCCUUCUACAAAAAGACAAAGAUGAGCAGAAAAAUUUGGAAGUGCGGUCCGGCACACCACGGCUGUCUCGUGCCGUCAAUCCAAACAGGCCGAAAGAAACGCUGGCCAAAUUACAAGAAUUGAGUAUGAUGUUUAGUCAAGACGAAUCAGAUAUCGUUAACAGAAAUAUACGAGGGGGAGACGAUUCAACAGAUGGUGGAUCAACUAGAUCCGGUGUUCCGACCAGCGUGAAGGACAGAAGUCAGAGGAAAAGAAUAAUUGGAACGGAGGAAAUGCAAGACGGUAUUGGACUGAACUUCAAUCAUCUUAAUCUCAACGGGAGUCUGGCGACUAGCAGUCUCCCAGGUGUGUAUAAACAUUAUCUCCUCGUGCGACCUCAUCCCUCCUUACAGAUAAUCUUCGUUUCUCCCUCUCUACGAAUCCCAGGCCUCCUCCGAACUCACCUCUUUACCAAACUCGGUGGUCCGUCAGCGACAAUCGCUGCUCUCGAAUCCGCUUUUCGCGACGGCGCAUCCGUGACAGCCAAAGUUCUUUGGCUUCCAAAGAGUACCUAUGCCGGCGAACGUGGUCGUGGACCAGCAGAAGUAAAGCCCAGGUUCAUACGCUGUACCCCAUUGCUCGGUAGUGAUGAUCGAGUCGGGGUUUGGAUGGUUGUCCUUGUUCCUGUUGACAGUGAGCCAGAACAUAGACAUGGAUUUGGCGGUGCUGGGUCUGGAUCGAUAUCCUUGAGCGGACUUGGGAUUGGGAGGAGGGACCACAUUGCUGACUAUGUGAUGGAUGAUAUCGAUGGGAAGAGAAGAUAUGGCUUUGCUUCUUCGAGACCAGGGUCAAGAGCGGCUAGUGUAAGGAAAGCGAGUAGUGUAGACGGGGAUAUUGACGGAGGGUUUGGUCUUAAAAAGGCUCGAGGGGUGAGAGCCAACGGACUGGUGGAGGACGAGAGGGAAUUGUAUGCUGAGUAUUUGAGGGGUUCAAACUCUCCAGGGAGUCGGGUGAACGCCAAGAUGAAUGGACGAAGCACGAGUGUGAGCGCGAGCAUAACACCAAGAAGAGGUAGAAAGGAUAGUGGGGCAGCAGUGACUUGAUGAAUGCAUUAUACCCUGCAAUGGAAAUAAAAGAUUUGGAUGAAAGCAC